AUGGACUUCUCAGUGUCGUUCCUUGAGAACCUCUAUGAAAGCGAAGAGAUCGGCCAAGACAUCUCGCACGUAGCCGCGCCGUCGUCCAGUCCAAUUAAGACAGCUGCAUGUGCUUCUCCAAGGACGGCGCUGGCAUCGGCGACCUUAACUGUGGUUGCCUCCACCACCAAGUCGCACCGCCGGGUUGCGUCCUCGGCACUAGCUACACCUUCUCCAACGAAGCGAACAAAGAGAACAACCCCAAACCAAAAGGAUGAAGAAGGACACGGUACACCGCGACGCCGAUCGCCCAGGAAACAUGCGUCCACGCUGCUGGCCACAGCAACUAUGCAAGGAGUUGGUACAUUACAACAUAAUCUCUCCGACAACGCAACAGUCCAUCGAAACGAAGGCCCAUCUGUCCUUCUCACAUCCAAGCCGGACCUUUCUCUACCUUCUUCUGCACAAGUACCUCACCAUGACGACCCCGCUGCCUCCACCGAUCCUACGUCUACCCUGUCGCCAUCAUCUCGUCCAGUCCUCCAAGCAACCAGCAUCUCUCCGACCGCUCCAGUAUCUCCAUUGUCCAUCCUUCCAGGCUCCCCCGCCGCGGCUGCGUCGCCUACCAUCACAGUCGCCUCAUCCCUCGUUCCAAGCCCCCCACCUAAUCCAGCAAACGUCGACCAACCUCCCUCCACAGACACUCUGUUGGCGAAUGUGGCCCCGUCCUCUGAAAUGCCACCCCCCCUCACUGGGCAACAAGUGCAUUGCGUUCGCCAUGUCGUGCUGUCUCGCCGGUUGGCUUCUGGAUGGACGGGCGUCGACGCCGCCGUCCAAGACAUCCAGCGGGUCGUGGAGCGCACGGUUCUGUACGGAGAAAACCAAAGCGCCAUGCUGGUCGGGUCCAGCGGCAGCGGCAAGCGCACCGUGGUCGCGAAAGCACUCGCCCAGCUCCCCACUCGAUCGUUUCACGCCGUGUACCUUAGUGGAAGUGUGCUCGGAAAUGACAUGGAAGCAUUUCGAGAGAUUGUCCAGCAACUGGUGCCCCAACAAGGCAGCAUCGUCGGCCACGCGGCCAUAUCUUUCUUCAACAUGUACGACUUGCUCAAGCAGUUGCUGCUGCAAAAAGCCCUUCAAGAGCACGCCGUCAUAUUUAUCUUGGAUGCGUUCGAUGCGUUCGUGACGGGCGCCAAGCAGUUGCUCGUGUACAACUUGCUCGACUGGAUGCAAUCCAAAGACGUGCGCGUGGCCCUCGUGGGCAUUUCGUGCAACUUUAACGUGUUGGCGCAGUUUGAAAAACGCGUUAAAUCUCGCUUCUCCAACAUCCAAGUGGUCGUGCCGCGGCCGCCCCUCAAGCACAUUUUGCAGUUGCUUUGGUUGUCGUUUCAAUUUAUCAUCCCUCGCCGCCAUCAUCAUCAUCCACCAAAUUCCACUCUUGAAAUCCCUUUGACCAAUCACGAAGACCACACCACCAGUAGCAAGGCGACUACAACCAUGAUCGAGAGCGUGGUCAACUGGCCGGCGCACGUCCCCGCCCCCCCCGACGCCUUUCACGAGCACUGGGACACGUCGUUGCAUCGGCUCUUGUUUGACCAAACCCACUGGUGGUGGCAGUACCUGUAUGACCUGGGGAAACCCACCGACGUGUUUGUGCAGCUGCUGCACGUCGCCAUGACGCACCUGACGCCGUCCGCCCCGUGUCUCGAUGCAUCGCACGUUGACUUGGCAUGGAAUAUGUUGUACCCCAACCACGUCCUCCAUACAUUGCGAGGUCUGACGACGCGGGAAAUGACGCUGGUGCUGGGUAUGAUUGGACUGGAGCGGCGCCACGUGGCCCCGUACUCGUUUGAGAUGGUAUUUCACGAAUGCCAAGCAUUUUACCGCCAGCACGCGCUCCAAUAUCCCAAGCGCCGCGAGUUGCUGGACGCGCUCAGCAACUUGCUGGCCACGCACGUGGUCCACCCAGCAACGACCAAACAACAGCAGCAUCAACCAGAGUACUGUCUCGUACGACUCGUGCUACGACCAACCGACGUCCUCGACGCCAUUCGACGAAAACUCGUGCCAGUUACGACUGUUGUCGACCAGUGGGCCACGAAUACGCUGCAAUAAUAAUAGUAGGACGACAUACUAGGAAUUUUAAAAUAUAUUGCCAAAUGUUUCGACUCGA